ACAGCAACUGUAUCAUGAACUUUGACCUUGCAGGUAUGCCACCACCACAACACAGAGGUCAUUGAACUGCCAUUUGAUGGGAACAGACUGUCCAUGUACAUCUUACUGCCCAAUCCGAACUCAUCAUUUGCCUCCUUGCACACG